CCGCAGCCGCCUCCAACAGCCGCCGCCUCAGCCUGCGCCCGCGCCGCCGUCGCCGCCCGCGCCAUGGGACCUGUGACUGAAGACGAAGUCAUACGGAAGCGUCUCCUGAUUGAUGGAGAUGGUGCUGGAGAUGACAGGAGAAUUAAUCUGCUAGUAAAGAGUUUCAUUGAAUGGUGCACUUCUGGAUCCCAGGAAGAGGGAUACAGCCGGUAUCAACGUAUGCUGAGCACACUGUCACAAUGUGAAAUUUCAAUGGGCAAAACCGUGUUGGUAUAUGAUAUGAAUCUCAGAGAAAUGGAAAAUUAUGAAAAAAUUUACAAAGAAAUAGAAUGUAGCAUCGCUGGAGCCCUUGAGAAAAUUGCGGAGUGCAAAAAGCAAAUUCUUAAAGCAAAACGAAUACGAAAAAAUCACCAAGAAUAUGACGCUUUGGCCAAAGUGAUCCAGCAUCAUCCAGACAGGCAUGAGACAUUAAAGGAACUAGAGGCUCUGGGAAAAGAACUGGAGCAUCUUUCACAUAUUAAAGAAAGCAUUGAAGAUAAGCUGGAAUUGAGACGGAAACAGUUUUACGUUCUUCUUAGCACCAUGCACGAACUUCAGCAAACACUGGAAAGCGAUGAAAAGCUCUCAGAGGUGGAGAAAGCUCAAGAGACAAGCAUGGAAACAAAUCCUAAGCCAUAGAUCAGGCUGAUUGUUCACCAUUUCCAGGAACAUUGAAAUAGCUACAUGAUCUUACUGUGUUUAGAAUUUAUCAUGCUCGAGAUACUUAAAGAGAUUUCUCCAGUGAAAUACUUUACUUUU